CACAAUGUUUCAAACUGCAAUCAUUCCAUAUGUUCAUAAAUUUCAUCAAAUAAAUAGUUAAAUACUCUCUCUAUGAUCACAACAACCUCAGUUGAUAGAUACCAUACAUGUUUCAGAAAAUGGGAAUAAUAUUCAAGAUUGCAUACUAUACACAGUUUCUUCUUAUUCUGAUACCUGUGGUGGUUAAUGGAAGGUUCUUAGAUCAUAGUACUUCUGAGCUUGUUUCAGAUGGCGGAGAUGAUCUGGCGCAAGGAGCUGAAUCAUCUUUCUUGCAUCUCAAAGGAAUUGAUUCUUCAGAAGAGCAAUGUGAGCAAAUGUAUGGAUUCUUACCAUGCUCAGAAAAUACUUUAGGCCAUUUUUUUCUCAUCGUCGUUUAUGAAUACCUGUUGUAUCAUGGAGAAUGCUAUGUUUCUUCUGGAGGUAAAAGGAUUUUCAAGAUUCUUGGUCCUGGAAUCUUUGGUGCAAGUGCUUUUCAAAUUCUUGGCUUUCUUCCUGAAUCCUUAAUACUUCUCUUUUCCGGACUUUUCAACACUCAAGAGGUAGCUCAAGAAUAUGUUCUAACUGGAGUUGGAUUACUAGCUGGAUCAACAAUAUUGCUUCUCACUUUGUUAUGGGGAACUUGUGUGAUUAUUGGUAGUAAAGAUUUCUCCUCAGAAUCUGGCUCAAAUACUUCAUCGCGUUCCACCCAAAGCCCUUACAAAAAGUUCUUAUCAUUUCUUACUGGUUCCGGUGUAACUACAGACCCGGAAACAAGUUCAGCAGCAAGAAUCAUGCUUCUUUCACUUAUACCAUUUCUGUUUCUUUUAAUUCCAAAAUUAUUUGGAAUGACAUAUACUACCCAUGGAUAUAUCUACAUAAUUACACUUCCUGUUUCGGUUACGUUCUUGCUGGUAUACUUCAUCUAUCAGGUGUUUGAGCCUUCUAUCCAAAAGAGACGAUUAUCAUAUGUCAAACACGAGCAUUUAGUUUUAGACCUAUUAAAACAUAUACAGGAGCACACCACAGAAAAAAUACUCACCGAAGAUGGUUUAGCUAAUCUGCCUGCUAUAAAAAGUUUGUUCACAAAGAUUGAUCAAGAUGGUGAUGCAUACAUAUCUUUUCCUGAGCUUAGAGGAGUACUUCAAGAUAUCAAGUUCAGGCAACUAACUUGGGACAAACAGCAAACAAUUGAACAAGUUAUGAAAGAAUUUGAUGAUGAUGGUGACACAAAGGUAACAAUUGAUGAAUUCACUGAUAGAUUCACAAAAUGGCUUGAUGAAACUAAAAGCGCAGUAAAUAAACCGUAUCGUUCAGUUGGUUCCUGGAAAGAUCUAUAUCAGGUUGUCCAACCAUGGGUCCAAACGAAAAAGAAAGAACACGAAAUGAUGAAAGCACUUGUAUCCGAAAUUAUCAGUCAUACUAAAAACUCUCCACUUGGAAAUUUUUAUACAGAAGAUGGAAAACCAAAUGUAUCAGCUAUAAAGAGAUUGUUUAAGAGCUUAGAUGUCAACAACGAUAAUUCUAUAUCGCUAUCCGAAUUAAAAACACUUAUGAUGGAUUUUGACUUUGGGGAGACAUCAUGGAAUGUGGAUGAAGCAACAUCUCACAUAAUGCAAGAUCUUGACAAAAGUGGAGAUCAACAGAUUGAUGAAGAAGAAUUUGUUGAUGGAUUUAGAGAUUUGCUCAAUGUAUCCAAUGUUCAGUUGACACCAAAGACGCCCGGGCCUAAAGAUAUAUCGCGGAAACCUUGGGAAAAAUGGGUAGAUGGUGAGGUGGAUAGAUCUAUGUGGGCAUGGACAAAGGCUGUAAUGCUACUGGUUCUUGGGAUAACUAUGUUGGCUCUUUUGGCAGAACCACUCAUACACAGUGUUCAAAAUGUGUCCAACUCAGCAACCAUACCAUCUUUCUUUAUAUCUUUUAUUUUGGUUCCUUUGGCCACUAAUGCUAGAGCUGCUGUCACUGCAAUCCAAACUGCAAGUCAAAGGAAAGAACGAACUACUUCGUUGACUUUUUCGGAGAUAUAUGAUGGAGUGUUCAUGAACAAUGUUCUUGGAUUUUCUGUUCUUCUAGCAGUCGUAUAUUUUCGAGGAUUGGUAUGGCAUUUCACUGCUGAAUUGUUGGUUGUGUUCAUUGUUUGUAUCGUCGUGGGAACGGCAGCAGGCUUUAGAUCCAAGUUUCCUGUUUGGACAUCAAUCGCGUCAUACCUGCUCUAUCCCUUAUCUUUGAUCUUUGUGUAUGUUUUUGCAGAUUUUCAAUAGGAAAAAGAUAAGUAAAUUGUAAUUUUUGUCACCUGAAUGUCAAAACAUGUAAUUGUUUGUAUUAAGUUUAUAUUUUUCAUGUAUAGAAUAUUCUUUCAUAGUUGUGGGAUCUAUGUUUUUGAAGCACUGAAACUAAAUUUUGUAUCUGGAAUUAUUUUUUUG